AUGAGUUAGAAUGAUGAUAAUUCUAGUCUUUCUGUUAUUAAUAAAACUUUAGAAGAUAGAAAAGAUUUCGUAUUUAUUUCAAGCAUUUUUAUAUUAACAAGUUCAAUUACUACAUAUUUCUAUGUGACAUUAAUUAAACAAUUCCUAUCUCUUGGUUUAAUGACAUUUGAAUUAAAAGCAUUUCAAAUGCUACUAUUACCAUAAUAUCUCAAAAUAAUAAUUUGCCCAUUUUUAGAUACAUUUUUCAUCAAAAAAUUUGGAAGAAGAAAAACAUACAUUAUCUUAAUAUUAUUUUUGUUAGGAAUUUAUUGUAUUGUACUUAGCAUAGUUUAUUAACAAAUGAUAUCAAACUUAAAAUUGGAAUUAGUUCGGAAUUUAGCUUUAAUUUAAAUUUUUUUUGUUUUAAUAUUAGAGACAGCUGCAGAAGCAUGGAUAGUUGAUUAUAUAUAUGAUGAUAAUUUCAAAUUUGCAGCAGCUAUUAAAUACACAGUUAUAUUCAUAAGUUCUACAGCAACAACAGAAAUUUUCCAUAGUUGUUAAACUUACUUUAUCAUAGUUUCAAUAUUUUCAAUUAUUAUUCUUAUUUAUACAUAUUAAUUUAAAGCUGAAAGUGAUUUGUAUUAAUCAAAUAUGAAGAUUAAAUCAUUAUGUAAGCGAUUAAAAAAAUUAUAUCAAUUGAUUUUUGAAAAAAGCUGCUAAUUUAAGUUCUUUUUUAUAUUUUCAUCAAUGAUUGGAUUUGGAUAUGCAGAAGAUAUAAUAGAAUAAACAAUACUUUAAUAGAAUUUCUUAAGUUUGAAUUAAUUUAAAUUCUAAUGGAUAACAAUUAUUUUUAUAGUUUUAUCACUUAGUUUGAUGACUAUGAUAUAAAUGAAAUUUAAGAUACUUCCAAUAUAUUUAGUAGUGGUGAUAUUAAGAAAUAUAAAUAAUUUUGCAAUUUCGAUUUGUUAUAAUUACUUUACCUCGAAAAUAAAUGUAAGAAUAUGUUUAAAAUUAGAAUUUCAUACCAAUAUAUAAAUUAAUAUAGGAAAUAUCAAAAGCCAUGCAUUUUACAUUACUUUAUAUUUUAAUUUAUGAUAGCACAAAAUAAAAAUUGAGUGCAACAAUGAUGAUAGGAUUUUUCUUGGCACUCAAAUUAGGACAGGAUGGAAACAGAUUUUUAUCAAACUAUUUAUAUAAUUCAUUUGGAUCUCCAGCUGAUGCAAUUAUAGGAGUUUUUAUAUAGAGUUUUAAUUUAAUAUUUGCAGUAGAUUAUCACGAUGCAAUAUUUUAUAAAUGA